AUGUGCGGGUGUAAAACCCUAAGAACUUGUUACCAAGAUAUGCUGGACACCCUCCAAGAUCGGGACGAAGAGGCGUGUGUAGAAGACGCUAGUAUCGGAGUGAGCACUGUAAUGAUAUUUUUAAAAGCAAUUAAACAGUUUUGUCCGAAUGUUAUAUCCGUUUUUGAAGACGCUUUGAGUUAUGAAGGGCGACAUCUUUAUGAGGUUGUCCUUAAUAUCCCACUGAAGGAUAAAAAAAAUGAAGAUGAAAAAAGCGUGAUACUGAUAGACGCUGGCCAAAUGGCCGGUAUAGACUCAGUAGGGCUGGCACUAUUCAUUAUAGAACAGCUGGUCGCGUGUGAGGAGAACAACGACAUGAUAAUGAAGGUCAAGUGGGUCAUUCUGCCGUCUACCAACCCUGACGGCAUGGAGUACAGUAGAUAUGCUAACAUACCGUGGCGAAAGAACGUAAGACCUUCAGACGACGGAUUCAGUUACGGCGUGGAUAUCACUCGGAAUUUCGAAUACCAGUGGUCUUCAUGUGAGAGAGUGGAGAGCGGCUUCUCACAGAUUUAUCCAGGCCCGAGUGGCGCUUCCGAAAACGAGACCAUUUUUAUAAAGAACAUCAUUUCACGCUAUAAGAAAGAUAUGAAACUGUAUCUAUCUAUUCGUCGCGAUGGUCAUGCCAUUCUGUACCCACAUGCCUACACGCAGAAUAGUGUUCCUAAUAACGCGUACAUCACUAAAGUGGCUGGCGAUGUUGCGGGGAAAGUUAAUCAGAGAGCCGGAGGUGUACAACUGUUUCUCAAUCACAGUAUUUAUGAAACUGAAAGUAAGCCUCAUUGCGGUCACAGCGUGGACUAUGCGUACGACGUGGGCACUCCGCUUGCGUACGAGAUGCGCGUGUUCCUCGGGGAGGACAAACGCAUCAUGACCAAGUUCCAGCAACUACCCCGCGGAUACGAGUCCUCUCUACGAUUAGGAUACUUCAGCGGAAUCAGAGAGCUUUACAAUGCUAUAGCCAAUGAUAAAAAAUAUAGCAAACUGUUUUGA